AUGGAUCGCCAAAUAGUAGGAAGAGGCCGUGGGAGACCCCGUAGACAACACCCGGAAGCGGGUGGUGAUAGGGAACCCGAGGUCAACCAAAACCAAGGGCAAGAGGGAGUGGCCGGAGAUCAAGUGGCCACCGCAAUUAACCGUAUUACUGAUGUCUUGGAGCGCUUGACUGAACAUCAAGCCUCUGGGCCAGUGCACCGCCAAGGAGGCCCAACCGAUUCUGAGGAUCGGGCGCUGGAGAGGUUUUUGAAAUUUGGACCUCCUAAGUUCUAUGGAGGACCCGAACCUGAUAUAGCUGAGGGAUGGUGGGAGAGAAUCUCCGACAUCUUCGCAGCUUUAAACUACACGGAAGAGCGGCAGGUAACUUUUGCCGCAUUCCAGUUCGAGGGAGCUGCUCGCUCCUGGUGGAAUCUGGAAGGUUUAGCUGCUGUAAGGAUUGAUACCUUUGCAGAUGCUGUCGAAAAAGCCCAGAGAGUUGAAGUAGCUCGGGCUCAAGUGAAAUCUUUUCAGGCUAAGAAAAGAUUUGCUCCUAGCAGUAGUCGGGAGCCGACUUAUGGAAAUACUCCACCGGCCAAAAUGGGCCGAGGGACCUUUGGGGCGAAUAACCCUGGAGCACCACGAGGAGCCCAAGCAAGAGGAAACGGGGCCAGGAAUGCAGGGGGACGGAAUAAUGGAACCCGAAUGGGACCGAUUGGAAGGGGACAACCUAGGAAUAUCUCGCAAGGAGGUCGAGCAAUAGUUCCCCAAAUGAAUUGUGUAUUUUGUAAGAAACCUGGCCAUACUAUAGAUGGUUGCUGGAAGAAGCAAGGGAAGUGCCUGAAAUGCGGAAGUGGCGAGCACCAAAUUGCUGGAUGUCCAAAAAUUCAGGAGUGGGGUAAUCCAAAUGCUAGGCCAAACACUUCUGGAGGGAGCCGGCCAACAGUUCCUGCCAGGGUGUAUGCUAUAGAUGACCAACCUGUACCUGAUUCCUCGGAAGUCGUGGAAGGUACUCUUCCCAUUUUUCAUCGACUAGCUAAAGUGUUAAUUGACCCUGGUGCAACUCAUUCAUUCGUAAAUCCAUCAUUUAUGUCUGGAAUAGAUGUGAGACCUGUUAGGUUACCCUUCGAUCUUGAAGUUAAGACACCAAUGGGUAAUAAGAGGAUAAUCGCUAGCUUAGCUUAUAAGAAUUGUGAAUUCUGGAUUGGAGAGCGUAAAACGCUAGUGGAUCUAAUCAGUUUGGACAUAAAAGGGUACGAUGUUAUCAUAGGAAUGGAUUUCCUAGCCCAGUAUCAUGCUAAGCUUGAUUGCCGAGCAAAAGUGGUGGAAUUUUGUAUACCUGGAGAAGCAACUCUGAGGUUAGAUGUUAAGGGUAGGUUAGCCUCAUCUGCUAUGAUUUCAGGGAUACGGGCAAGGAAAAUGUUGUCAAAAGGAGCUCAAGGUUUCUUAGCUUUCAUGAUUAAUGCUCCUAGUGAUCAAGCAAAGUUGGAAGAUGUACCAGUGGUACAAGAAUUUCCUGAUGUUUUUCCUGAGGAGCUAAAGACUCUACCGCCGGAAAGAGAAGUGGAGUUUAGGAUUGACUUAGUGCCUGGAUCGGCUCCAAUUUCAAAAACUCCGUACCGAAUGGCUCCUGCCGAGCUGAAGGAGUUGAAAAUUCAAUUGCAAGACCUCUUGGAGAAGGGUUUUGUAAAGGAGAGUGAUUCACCAUGGGGAGCACCCGUUCUGUUUGUUAAGAAAAAGGACGGAAGCUUGAGGUUAUGUAUUGAUUAUCGAGGGUUAAAUGAGAUUACCAUUAAGAAUAAAUACCCUCUGCCGUUGAUAGAUAGUUUGUUCGACCAACUGCAAGGAUCAGUAGUUUUCUCUAAGCUGGACUUGAGGCAAGGCGGCAUUCAUGGAUUUAAUGCAAAGAGUCUUUAA